AGGCGGAAGUAAACAAACUAAGGCAUCAUUACCGUCCCACGUUUGUGUGCCUGAUCACAGAGUCUGCUGUAUUGUGUUGUGUGAGCUGAGUGUGUGAGCUGCCGCAGUAACAAUGCCUUCAGUUCAGUAUCUGAGAGAGUUUAUCAACGAGCGACUAACUGCUGCUGCUGAACAAAUAUUCUUGGAGUUUGAAAAAACGAUCGUCCAGUACGAGCAAGAGAUCGACCGUCAGCGCAGACUGAUGGCUAUCACCUGGAAACCCGAAAUAAAGCUGCACAGGACAGACGUCCCACAGCAGCAUGUCUGUAAGGAGGAGGAAGUUGUCGCUGACCAGCAGCUGUGGAACCAGGAGACGAGCUCCAAUCUGGACCAGGGGGAACCAAAACCUCCAAAGAUUAAAGAGGAACAGGAGCAACUCUGUAGCAGUCAGGAGGGAGAGCAGCUGGUACUGAAGGAGGAGAUUGAUGCCUUUAUGGUGACUGCUGCUGAGGAAAAAGACCACAGUGAACCAGAACCAAAAAGAGACCAUCUAAACUGUGUCAGCUCUGCUGUAGCUGUGAGAGAAUAUCAGGGAGCAGGGAAGAAAGAAGGUCACAAUAAUGUAGAAUACCAACCUACACCAGACAGUCAGUGUAAGUCUGACAAAACUAAAAAGUCUUUAAAAUGUGAUGUUUGUGGAGAAGUCUAUAAAUAUAAUUAUGAAAUGGAUAUACAUUAUAGAAUCCAUACAGAGGGGAAGCCGUUUUCCUGUAAAACAUGUGGGAAAAAGUUUGUACAUAGGUGUUCUGUAGUGAAGCACAUGAGAAUCCACACAGGUGAGAAACUAUAUCAUUGUAAAAUAUGUGGAAAAAAGUUUGUACAUAGUUCUUUAGUGAAGCACAUGAGCGUCCACACAGGUGAGAAACCAUAUCAUUGUAAAACAUGUGGGAAAAGGUUCAGCCGUAACAGUAAUUUAACAGAGCACAUGAAAAUCCACACAGGUGAGAAACCAUAUCAUUGUAAAACUUGUGGGAAGGCAUUCAGGCGUGGUACUCAUUUGUUUCGCCACAUAAAAAUACACAUAUAGAGGUGUACUCUUUUAACAAGAUUAACAGUUUAGCAAGCUGUGUAGAGCGCAAAGUUAAACAAGUCAGCAUAGUAACUAAUGGUAGACACAGCAUGGUAGGAAGGAGGUUAUGGUAAGAGUUUCAUUUUAAAAGUAGGCGGCACAUUUUGACAAAUUAUUCUAUUGUGCUAGUAAGCACUCUCUGCUUACGACCAAAGUUUUAGGAGUGACGACGGUGAGAGAGCGAGAGAGAGAGUUUUGAGAUGUGAGAGAUUUGUGACACUAGCGUGUAUGGAGUGUGUAGUUAAUGUGUUGUGUAGCUGUUAGUUUUGUUUUGUGUGUCAGAACAAUGAUGCCGAAUGUCACAGUUGCUGCCAUAAAGCCACUAAAGGCAGAUUACAGUGUAAACGCUGUCUCCAGGUGGAAAACAAGAGGAGUGAUACACCACUGGCUGUCAGGCCUGCAGGUAUCAGGCCUGUGAUGUUCUCCUCUGUCUUACAGUGGACAGAAAUCAUUUUUUUUUGGAUUGGCACAAAUAAUUUGUGCGGCAUCUUAUUUGAUGCAGAAUCGGAGUGUUCUGUAAAUGCAAGUUUUUCCUGCAUUUUUAGAUAAAUAGUUGCAUGUAACUUUUUUAUUUGCAAAACUCGU